AUGGAAGAAUCUACAGCCUCUACCAUUACCGAUUCGAUCCUUCUGAAGCUAAAGUAUGCAUCUGAGCAGAUAAGAGAAAAAGAGAAGCCGAAAGGACUUAAAGACUUUAUUUCACCCAUCAUGGAGGCUCUAAAUGAUGGUGCAGGGAAAAAGCCAGUCGAGGAUGUACUGUUGCAGGGUAAGGAUAAGCUAAAAGAAUUACUUGAAGACACCAUUAGUUCAAGAAUCAAGGAUAUACAGGGUGAUCCAGAUAAGAAGAAAAAGGUCGAGAACCGUAAAGUCAGGAGAAGGGUGAGGACUGAAGAUGCACUGUACAAAGCAGACGACUUGAUGGACGAGGUCUUGAGUGAGGCUGCCAAACCGGACCUCAACUCAAAACAACUAGUUUCCUUGGCGAAGAAGCUACGUGAAACAAUAAAAGAUGUCGUAGAUGCUGCAGCUGGAGAUAAUGUUAGGCCUGAUGAGCCUCAUAAAUUUUGCUUCCGCAGGCCUCGUAAAGUUAGCACUAAGGAGUUGGACCCCACAGUGAAUAGGCUCAAUUCAGAUAGUUGGUUGGACAAACAUAAAAAGGAUAUUCAAGAACAACUUUGGAAGGACAUAACAACAAAUGGAGAAGAGCAUGUGGCGGUUGUGGCCAUAGUAGGUAAUGGAGGAUUAGGAAAAACCACACUUGCUCUGAACUUGUUUCAACGGCUAAUAUCUCAGAAGGAUACCGACUUUGAUUUGCGAAUUUGGGUUAACGUCCCUCAUGAAUUUAACAAGGGAUCACUUGAGGAGGGAAUCUUCCCUCAUGAACUUUACAUGAGAUCACUUGUUGACGGAAUCAUUCGGUAUACAACUAAAAAAGAUGUUCAGGACGAACGACUUGAGUCUACAACAAAGAGACUACCACAGUGCACACCAUCUGAGGGACCUAGCGCCUUCCAUGAAGUGAACAGUCUUAGCGUUGAACAACUUCACAAGGAGGACUCUGCAGCCUUGUUAGAGACUGAGAUAAGCGCCAUAAAAGAUAGCCUCAACUACCUCGAAGAAGGUAAAUUGCAUGACAAGCUUCAAAACAUAAUAAAUGGAAAACGGCUGCUUCUUGUACUUGAUGAUGUCUUGGAUAUGGACACUGAAAAAUGGCUACACUUCAAAAACUUGUUAUCAAAUGCUGUUAGUGAUGGGAGCAGAAUAAUAAUAACUACUUGUAGUAAACUUGUUGGAGACAUUACUGCAAGUACAGACAAGAAUGUCCAUAUGCUACGCCAUCUAGAUGAACAUGACCCUUGCGACCUAUUCCAACGAUUUGCAUUUGAUUUUCAAAAGCCAGCCAACUCAAAAAUUGUGGAGGUUGUAGUGGAGAUUGUGAAAAGGUGUGGAGGAAACCCUUUUGCCUUAAAGACAGUAGGUGAGAAACUCAAGUCCACAAAUCUAGAAACCCAAGGUUGGUCCAACUUCCGCGAUAACGAAUUUCAAAAAGUAGUAAAUGAAGAAAUCUUGCCCUUCCUUCAACUUAGUUAUAAUAUUCUAUCUUCGGAGUUGAAACAAUGCUUUGCCUACUGUGGUAUAUUCCCUCAACAAUCUGAGAUUGAUGUGAAAAACUUAAUACAUCUUUGGAUGGCACUAGGGUUGAUUUAUCCAGAGCAAGGACAACGAAUGGAGGAUAGGGGUUAUGCUCAUGUUAAGGAGUUGUGUCAGAGAUCCAUGUUUGAAGAAUUGGAAGUAGACCAUGAGAAUAGCUUUGUAACAAAGUGCAAGAUGCCAAAGCUUAUGCAUGACCUAGCAGUACUUGCAUUAGGAACAAGGUUAGCCACAUUCAAGCAAAAGGAAAAGCUUGAAACUGGUACUGAUGAAAGAAGUACUCAAAAGGAUAAGAGUGAUGUUGGUGUUCAUGGUGAAAGAACUCUACAGAAUAAGCAUGAUAUCGAUGAUGAAACAACACAAAAGGAUAAGCGUGCUAUUGGUAUUGAUGAAACAACCGAACAUUUGCAAGAGGAAAUUGAUGAGGGACUGCGUAGCUCAACGUUUAAAGAUAUCAUUUCCAAUUAUAAUAACUUACGCACAUUGGAUCUGCAUGCUACAGGGAUCAAAGUUGUGCUGGAGUCCAAUGAUAAGAUGAAGCAUCUAAAAUACCUUGAUCUUUCUCAAAACAAAGGUAUCAAGUUAUUGCCUGAUUCAAUCACCAAGGUACCGAAUUUGAUGACACUGAAACUCUCCUCAUGCUUUGGACUCAAAGAGCUGCCAAAAGAUAUGGAGAAACUAGUCAACCUCAAACAUCUUGAGAUCGAUUGGUGCUACAAUUUGACUCAUAUUCCUCCUCGACUUGGUAAGCUAACUCAGCUUGAGACGUUGUCAGAAUUUGUGUUGAAAAGGAGCAAUGGAGAGAGUAGAGUACUAAUGCCAACAGUACCAAAAUGUUUGUAUAGAAAGGGCAAUACUUUGGAGUCUCUAGACGAAUUAGAGGAGCUGAACAACUUGAGAGGAGAGCUGAAAAUCAGAAAUUUGAGAAAUGUUAAUGUUGACUAUUCUAAGGUUACAAAUUUGGAGGGGAAACAACACCUUAAAUCUUUAACAUUAGCUUGGGAAUUUGAUCUCAAUGCCGAUGACCAAGCAGUAAAGGACAAGGCUCAAGAUACACAACAAGGUCUGAAGCCGAACUUAAAACUUAAAGAAUUGGGUUUAUUCGGCUACAGGGGUGACAAGCUUUCAGAUUGGCUUCUCUCUCUCACAAAUCUGUAUAUCUCCAACAAGUCUGGUGAUCACAAUUCUGAGAGCAAUCCCUCAUCGUCAACAGAAUUCAUCAAAAAACUGGAAGAGGUAAGGUUUAUAGAAUUGCCUAAUCUAGAGAGAUGGUGGGAAGAACGUGAUGCUUCUUUGGCAUUUCCUCAUCUUUCCAGAUUGAUGAUCGAAGAUUGCCCUAAGUUGUGUUCCAUGCCGCUCUACCCGAAUUUAAAGGAAUGGUUAGUAUUGAAGAACACUAGCUUGGUGCCAUUCAUAAAUACAAUGAAAGAUGAAAGCUCUGUCAAACGGACAUUAAUGAAUGAUGGAAGCUCCUCCACUCCCCUGUCCAAUUUGCAAAGUCUGUGCAUUACUGGGGAUAAGGACAUGGGCUCUGAAUAUGAUUAG